AUGCGUUCGCCGCUCUCAACCAGUGCACAGUAUUCAUCCAGCCGGCCUGCAUAUGUGUCAAGGGGUGACUGUCCUCCGCAUCAGGGAAUCGUGACUAGUCUGGAACAACAGGAACCUCCUAUCCAGCUCAGAAGUCCUAUUUCGCCCAACCAAUUGCAACAACCCUCAACCCCCCAGGAUACCGGUUCAAGUCGACUUAAGCGACGAGCGUCUCAAGGGUCCAUCUUAACAAAACCGUCAUCUGUUUCCCGCUUCCUGUCAAGAAGCAACGUUUCUCAGAACAUCUCGCCAUUUGAACACUUUGGGUUUUCAAAGCACUCUGGCCUGGUAGAACCCCGUGGCCAGUCGGCUGGUUCCCAUCUCCACCAUUCUCCCUCGGCGGCAUCAAGUUCGCUGGCGGCUCGAGCCUCUCAGUCCACCACAGCGGUUUUGGAUUUUGCGGGCAAGAGUGACUACCCCUCCGCUCUCCCUCCAACCCCGCCUGACGAAGACGUACACAUAGCGUGGGAUCCUAAAUCCGACAUGCUGCUGUUCGAAUCCCAUAUGACUCGCGAGCCGGGGCGGAUGCCCAUUGAUGAGGGUCCUAACAUCGACAAUGCACCCGGAGGUGCCUCGUCAGAUGGUCUAGGCAGCCCCUCCGAUCAGCUUUCCAACGUGUCUCCUUUCAGUGCUGGCGAAAGCCCAGGAUCUUCCGGCGGGAUGGAUUGUGACCAGAACGCAUGGAUAGAGAAUGGCAUCGAGGCAUCCGUAUCAUCCUUACCGUUCUCUAACUCCCGGGGCGAAGCCGUUAAGAUUGUAUCUCAAAUGCUUCCCUAUCCGCGUCCGGCUGAGAAAACGGUCCCGACAAGUGAAGAAGUUUUUGGUGCCCUUAUCCAAGCCGUUCGGCAACAGCUCCAGAACGGUCAGUCGCCGUAUAUCAACAUCACCCAUGCCGUCCCGGAACAAUUCAGCCUCUCCAACCUCCCUUGGUCUCCCUCGUACACACCACGAUCUAUGUUUCCGGCAGACAACGACUAUUUCAACUCGUCCGUAUUCUCCAGCGCGGCAGUGGUAUCCGCGUAUCAUGAUUUCAGAGGUCUCAUUCAACCGACGGUGUCGCAUUUCCCGAUGCCGGUUGUGCCACCAUCCAGUGUACAUAUUUCAGUUCUGGAACGGUAUCUUCCUCCGUCAUCGACUCAGGAAUACAAGGAUCUCUUUUCUCCUUGUCGACCUUCCUUUUUGGUGGACCGGCUCUGUGAGCUCUCUCCCGAAGGAGGCUCGUUGCUAUUUAUUUAUCCCACCAGAAGAGGGGCAUUGACAUUCAAGGCACAAUACCUCGGGCCCAUUCUGGAUCCAUUACUGCGUCAGCUUGUGGUGGUCAACGAACUGUCCGCCGAUGUUGGUCGAUAUCUCGGCAAGAUGUCCGCGGUCGCCCAUAUGGAGGAUUUUGACACCAUGCGGAACAGUCUCUCGCAACUAUGCAAUGCCCUGAGUUCAUCGUCUUCCCGGUUCAGUAUUGCCGAUGCACGGAAGGGCAGCGCUCACCUGGACCGAAACGUGUGGACCGAAUGGUACAUCCACCAAGAAAAGGCCCGGAUGAAAGAGGUGCUCAGUCUUUAUUGGCAAGGUGGUCGUUCCCUGCCGACGACCAAGUCGGUCUCCAAUCAAAGCACGAAUUAUAUUAUACAGGACAAAGAGGUGACGUCGGCGAUGCUACUGGGUGAAAUUCUCGAUGGUAUUCGGAAACGACCGUAUGGGGAAGAUUCCGAACCUGGCGAUGGAAUUGAACUCGGAGUUUUUGUGAUUCGUCGGUCCCGCUGA